AUGUCUGGUCGCGGCAAAGGUGGGAAAGGCCUGGGCAAAGGCGGCGCCAAGCGCCACCGCAAGGUCCUGCGCGACAACAUCCAGGGCAUCACCAAGCCCGCCAUCCGCCGCCUGGCCCGGCGCGGAGGAGUCAAGCGCAUCUCCGGCCUCAUCUACGAGGAGACCCGCGGGGUGCUGAAGGUGUUCCUGGAGAACGUGAUCCGCGACGCGGUCACCUACACGGAGCACGCCAAGCGCAAGACCGUCACCGCCAUGGACGUGGUCUACGCGCUCAAGCGCCAGGGCCGCACCCUCUACGGCUUCGGAGGUUAAGUUGUUGCUGCGUUUCCUCCACCGAUUUGGUCCUCGAAAAGCUUGGUGGCUAUUCAUUCAUUUUUCAUAACCAAAGGCCCUUCUCAGGGCCGCCCAUCUACUCUGAAAAGGCGUUGUAAUGCUGAGCCGUGCUACGUGCAUUGUACCGGCUGAGGAAUUCUCAGUUUGAGUACGCUUUGGUUUAUUUCUCUAUACGUUCAGUGAACUGAACGGUGAGACCUCCAAACAAGUAAGUACGGCCCUAUCAAUCAAUGCUGGGCAGCCAAACAAGUUUAGAAAGCCAGACUGGGGAUGGAAACACGGUUACAUUUUUAGUUCAACUGAAAACUGGGGCCAGUCGGGUACGUACCAAGCUUCCGUUUCAGGUCUUAGUUUUGGUAAGACAGGUGUGUUCUUUAAAUGGUUUCCUGUAUUUCGGCUAUUUAGUGCAUUAGUGUUUGGGGAGGAUCUGCUAAAAUUUCGGGUUCACAACCCAACUGAAUGGGAUGUUCAUACAGUACUUUGUUUCUCUUCCUGGGCUGACCUAGCCUCGCAAAUGGUAGAAUUGCUGUUGUUUACCCCACACCCAGCUUGGGAGCAGCUUUUGUCAUUUUUCCCUCUUUCUAUUGGUUUUUAUUUUAGGCAUCACUUUUAAAAGGGGCAGGUUUGUGCUUCAGCCUGUCACUGUUAGCUAUGUCUGACUUUUCCCUGAUUUGCCAUUAUUGUUACCCAACCGUGAAAUAUUCAGCAUAUUCAUUUUAAACUAAUGAGAAUCCAUAGGUAUCCUGGGAGCUUUCAGGCAUAGGCCAGACAGGAACAAUAAUGCGUCUUGAGAGUGGUUAGUCAUUUUAUCCCUUCUAUCUGAAUUCCCCCACGAGCUAUCUGUUUGGUAUUUAUAUGUGCCAGCUGCUCCUUGAAGCCAGUGGAUGAAUUCUCAUGAGCAAUCAGUUAAGUGUAGUCUGUGUAGAUGCAGCUCUCUAUAUGAGAGAUCUAUCUUGGCCUUUAAGGCAGGCCUGAUCUUUCUCCAAAGCAUUCCUAAUAGGCAUAUAUUCUGAGGACAGAAACCUCUCAAUUUUCCUCAGUCAGUUCAUAUUGUCCUAGAUUUGCAAGUCUGCGUUAACUCUGAAGAUCGACAGGAAUCUCAUGCUUAUUGAGGAAUCAAUUGUGCUGAUAUCAUAAUAGGGCUUAGUGGGGGCCUGGGGACUUUCGUGAGGGUUCCUGAUGUAUUCACUUUAAAGAUAGACAUAAAGAUCACAAAUUUAAGGUGAGGCUGGGCUAGCUAACCUGAUUCUAUAUCAAGACAAAAGAAGUCAUUGACGUGAUUCAUUGGGUAAAGUUGCUGCCAAGCCUGAAGACCUGGUUUCAAACUCCUGGACCUACGUGGUAGGGCCAAUUCUAAAUUAUCCUCUUGACAUCCACAAGUGUGCUUUGAUAUGUGCACACCAGCUAACGUGCAUGCAUGCAUAAUAUAAAAUUUAAUAUUUUAUAUUAAAAUUAUUUAAAAUAAUUUUCAAAGACAAAAGGAGUACUGGAAAGAUGGAUCAAUGG